ACUUAAAAUAUACCUAAUAUUUGCUUUACUAACGUAUUUACUUAUAUUAAUUCUCUUAUCUUACAUUGAACAGCUUGCCAGCAGACGUCCCUGUACUUACUAUUCAAGAAGUGAUGCCUAAGGAUACCAAAAUCAUUAAGAAGAAGGCAUAUUUUCAGACUUUUCCCAGGAAAACCAUUUCUGAAGUUUUUGAAGCCACUGAAGUAAGUAUUUAUCAUAGAUUUUGAAAUCAAAUCUAUAUAUUUAAAUAUAAAGACUAAUAUGUUUCUACUAUGUGUCUAGGUUGGUAAGUGCAAUGUUAUUUGUACUAUCUUGAAAGUGGACACAGACUAUGCUUGGUAUUUCUUUAGCUGUCUUAAGUGUAGCAAGACAGCGUAUAAGAUACCAAAAAUUGAAAAUGAGAUUGUCAAAAAAGGGAAGAAGCCAUUGUUUUGGUGUCCAACAUGUAAAGAAGAUACUCCUAAGGUCUUACCAAGGUAACUACAAUAUUUAUAUUCUUUGGAUACACGAUAUUUUAUAAGAAACUUUCUAACUCCUUUAUAUUAAAAUUUUGUGAUAUAGGUACAUGUUAAACCUUGCAGUGAUGGAUAACACUAGAAAUACUAUGUGUAAGUUGUUUGACAAAACAGCAGCUGAGAUCAUCGGAGUGUCUGCAGAGGAUCUUUUGGAAGGGAAUUGGGAUGAGAUAAAAGAUCCAACUAAUUUGCCUGGACCUGUUAAAGAUUUGGUUGGGAAGACUUUCCAGUUUGUGCUCAGUAUUGGAAAGGAGAACAUCAAUGAAACAGAUGACACAUACAAGGUGUUUAACGUCUGGUUGGGUAAUGAUUUAUACGAUCUUGAUAAUGUUGAAGAAUCCGAGAACCAGAUUGAUCAAGCUAAUGAUCUGUCUAUUGAUCAGGUAAUUUAAACAAUUGGUGCACCCAAACAAGUUCUAUCAAAUACUUAUUCAACUAUAUCACUAAAGGGCAGGAUCUUAUUCAAAGAUUAGUGAGUACCACCUAUUGUUUUCUAAUAUCAAAUAGUGUACUGGAAAUUUUUAAGACUGUUGGCAUCAAAUCUCUUAUAUACAACUUUCACUAAUAUAUAGAUGGUCACUGGUUUGAAACAGGAAGCUCUUGCUUUGACUAAUAGCAGUGACACAACAGAUGUAAACACUACUUCUUCUGCAACUCCUUCUUCAAAAAGAAGUAAUGAAAGUUCUGACGAAGCUGAAGGGCAGUCUUCUACUACCAAAAAGGUUUGUGUAUCUUCAAUUCGUGAGAAGAUUGAAGAGGAUAAGAUUGAAGAGGAGAAGAUUGAAAAGCAGAAGAUUGGAGUAUUGAAGAUUGAAGAGGAGAAGGUGGAAGGGGAGAAAAUUGAACCUAAUUAGAUUUAGGGAGCUAUGCUAAAGUGUUGCGGGUUUGAUGCAUGGAAGUUGUUCUAUUUCAAUGGUU